AUGGUACCGACUCCAAAACCCUCCAUUCAGUGUCGAGACAAAUCUGGUUGUGGGUUCUACCAUGACGUGACAGGGAGAUUACUAUGCCCUGUUGAUUACAACUGGAAUGAUGCUACGGUGCAACUUGCCAUUCGCUCUUACCAUCCUGACUAUCAUGUAAUGUCAUACUCUUGGCCAUCAUUUCUAUACAAGGAUGGACAAUACGACGCAAUCAAUCCUACAAAAGGAUUCCUCAAAGGUGAACUCCUUCUGAAGGCGGUCAAACAUAUAUUUACAUCUCCUACUUCAGCAGAAGAAGACCCAGAAACGUCACAACCUGACACUAGCACCAAGACACCUUCACAAGUCCAUCUCCCUAAACGUCAGAGGACUGCAGGAGAGAGGCGCACACAGUGUGAUGUUGCAGGCCUCCUGCAAAUGAAAUCGAUGCAGCCUAGAGCUCUUGCAUAUGCGGCCGUUCAGCUACGUUUUGCAUUGUCCAGUGCAGGCGCAUGGCGGAUUAUUGAUGAUGACUUCAACCACAAUGAAUUCUAUCACAACAUUGUCGAUUAUUUCGAACUUCCUUCUUCACCGGAUGCAGCACAAGAUGUAGAAAACCUCUUGUUAUGGUGGAACCGGUGA